CUACUGCUCCGAGCCCGAGACGAAUAAUGGCGGGGGCGGCAGCGGCGGCAGUAGCUGUGCUGGUGCUCGCCGCGGCGCACGGCGCGCUCUGCGGCUCGAGCCACGUCGAGUUCGUCGCGCCAGCGCCGUCGCCGUCCUGGGACCACCGCGGGACGAACAGCACGGCGGCGCUGGAGGGUUGCGGGUGCGAGCCGUCGCCGCCGCCGCCGUGGAGGUUCAGGAACGACAAGCUGAGGGCGCUGUACCCGGUGAUCCAGGCGUUCAAGCAGACGAUCACGUGCGACCCGCUGGGCGUGACGGCGACGUGGACGGGCACGGAGCUCUGCGACAGCUUCUUCAACAACGGCAGCACCACCACGUACUACAGGGGAUUCUACUGCGACUACCCGCCGGACGCGCCGGGCGUGCUGACGGUGGCGUCCAUCGACUUCAACGGGUUCGGGCUGUGCGCGCCGUCGCUGGCCGGGUUCAUCGACGCGUUCCCGGACCUGGCGCUGUUCCACGCCAACUCCAACAACUUCUCCGGCGACGUGCCGGACCUGACCCAGCUGCGCUACUUCUACGAGCUGGACCUGUCCAACAACAACUUCUCGGGCGCGUUCCCGGAGGCCGUGGUGCCGCUGGGCGGGCUGCUGUUCCUGGACCUCCGCUUCAACCGGUACGCGGGGGAGGUGCCAGCGCCGGUGUUCGCGCUCACGGUGGAGGCGCUCUUCCUCAACAACAACGGCUUUGGCGGGCGGAUCCCGGACACGCUCGGCAGCACGGGCGCGCAGUACCUGGUGGUGGCCAACAACCAGUUCACGGGCCCCAUCCCGCGCUCCAUCUACAACGCGUCGGCCACGCUGUCGGAGGUGCUGUUCCUCAACAACCGCCUGUCCGGGUGCCUCCCCUACGAGAUCGGGCUGGUGGAGGGGCUGGCCGUGUUCGACGCCGGCGGGAACGAGAUCACGGGGCCCGUGCCGCUGUCGUUCGGCUGCCUCCGCGACGUGGAGGAGCUCAACCUGGCGGGGAACCAGCUGUACGGGCAGGUGCCCGACGUGGUGUGCCUGCUGGCGCGGACGGGGAAGCUGCAGAACCUGUCGCUGUCGGACAACUUCUUCCACUCGGUGGGGCACCACUGCAUGGAGCUGGUGCGCAGCCGUGUCCUGGACGUGCGGCGCAACUGCAUUCUGGGGUUCCCCGACCAGCGGCCCCCGCUCGAGUGCGCCGCCUUCUACGUCGACCCCAGCAAGCACUGCCCCUUCAUCCCGCACAUCCCCUGCGAGUUGCCUGGGUACACGGCGCACGGCCAUCCUCACCAAGGCCAUGGGGGUGGGAACUGAUCCAUGGCCAUGGUGAUUUGGUAGCCUUUUUGGGGGGGAGGAAUAAGUUCCACUGCUGCAUUCAUGACACUGGGUGACAAAUAAUAUUAUCCUUUUAAUCAGAGGUACUAGUUAUUUACAGCGGAUUCAUGGGACGGUAAUAGUACUUAUACAAACAUAUAGAUAAUCUAUGAAAUCUUGCUCUUGGUGAUCUG